AUGAUCGGUCAUAUCUAUCGUAUUAUCCAUUUGGAAAGCGACGUUCAAUGCGUCGGCUCGACGUUUAAUGAGCCGCGUAUGAGAUGGCAAAAACAUAAGCAGCACUAUCAUGAAUGGGUCAGCGAUAAGCGUGGUAAAUGUGAGAUCUACCCUUACUUUCAAGAGCAUGGAAUCAAUAAGUUCAAACUCAUUCCUAUCAAAACUUAUGAUGUUGUUGAUCGUAAGCACCUAGAAGCAUACGAAUCACUGUGGAUUUCAAAACUGGCUUGCGUAAAUAAAGUGAACCCAUUUCAAAUAAAAAACUAUACAAAAAGCAGCACUGUGAAGCGAACAAAGCAUCUAUGA